AAAGUUUUGUUGAAGUGUGGCAGUCCGUAGUAAUGAUGGCGGCGGUAGACGUGGAAGAAGAGAGUGUCUUGGCCUCGGUGUUUCGUAGCAGCUUUCCGGACAGCUGGCGGGACAGCCCAGACUUCGCUGCCUACCUGCUGGAGCUCAGCUCCUUCGGGGUAGACAAGCUACGAAGGGAGCCGGAGCGGCUGAGCGAGGAGCGGGCGCAGAUCCUGCAGCAGACCCGGGAGCUGGCCUUCACCCACUACAAGACCUUCAUCCGCACUGCCGACUGCACCGAGCUCAUCUACCGGGACUUCGGACAGGUGGAGGACAAUGUGUCCCGACUACUGGCCAAGCUGCCCGGCUUCCAAGAGACCUGCAGGGGUUUUGUGAAGCAGGCGGAGGAUAUCAGUGCCAGUCGGCGUAUGAAUACACUGACUCUGAACCGACAUACAGAAAUUUUAGAGAUCUUGGAGAUCCCACAGUUAAUGGACACUUGUGUACGUAAUGGAUAUUAUGAAGAGGCUCUGGAGCUCGCCGCCUAUGUCAAACGCCUAGAGAAGAAACAUUCCUCUAUACCUGUCAUCCAGGGAAUAGUGAAUGAAGUCAGACAAUCUUCACAGCUCAUGUUGAAUCAGCUUCUGCAGCAGCUCCGCAGUAACAUUCAGCUUCCGGUCUGUUUGCGUGUGAUUGGCUACCUUCGCAGGAUGGAUGUCUUCACCGAGGCAGAGUUGCGUAUCAAGUUCCUCCAGGCCCGGGAUGCUUGGCUACGAUCUAUGCAGAGCUCCAUCCCUCAGGAUGACCCAUAUUUCCACCUGACUAAAACCAUUGAGAGCUGUCGUGUCCACUUGUUUGAUGUCAUCACACAGUAUAGGGCUAUAUUCUCUGAUGAAGAUCCUCUCCUGUUACCACCUCCACCCAGCGGCCUUUUGCCUGUGAAUGAGUCUGCCAUAUUUCAUGGUUGGGUGCUCCAGAAGAUUAGCGAGUUUCUACAAGUGCUGGAAUGUGACCUCCAGAAGGGUGUAGGAAGCCGACUGGAUUCUCUUUUGGGUCAGUGCAUGUACUUUGGACUGUCUUUCAGCCGCGUUGGUGCAGAUUUUCGUGGUCAGCUAGCACCUAUCUUUCAGCGUGUUGCUGCUGAGACUUUUGCACGAGCUGCCAAGGAAGCUGUGGAGAAGUUCCAGGAGGAGAUGAACAUGUAUACACUGAUCUCCAACCCCAUGGUAAUGGGCACCAGUAUCCCACCAGUCUCGACACCACCUGCCCAGCCUGGAACCUUGCAGCCUCCCAUGGUACUCCUGGACUUCCCUCCACUAGCCUGCUUUCUUAACAACAUUCUGGUGGCCUUUAAUGACUUGCGCCUUUGCUGUCCAGUAUCAGUAACUCAGGAGGUGACAAACAUAUUACAGGAUUCUUUAGAAAAGGUUGUGAAAACCAUCCGGUCAUUCCAUCGAGCUGAGGAAGCCGCUUUCAGCCCUCAGGAAAGUGAAUUGUUUAUUCAGUUCUGCACAGUUUUCUUAGAGGACCUGACGCCAUAUCUGAACCGCUGUUUACAGGUUCUUUUCCCUCCGGCUCAGAGGGCUCAGAUUUUAGGUGUGCCCGCUACACAGCUUUCUCGUUAUGGCAACUUGGGCUCUAUCAAUGUCCAUGUUCUGCAGGAAGCCUUGGAGGGACUAUUACCGCACAAGGAGCCUGUACUUGUGGUAGAUAGAGAACCAGUGACCACACUGCCAACUGACUAUGAACCGGAGAAAGCUCUUACACUCACUGAGAGUGUAGAAGUACCCGAAAAAGACAAUGAACAGAUACCUUCUGCUCUUACAGAGACAGCUAUGCCUGCAGGAGAUGACCAGUGAUUGGUAUAAUAGGAACAUAAUGAUGACAGGUGGGAUGUGUCUGAUACUCUGAGAAAAGACACUCCAGCUAAAACUGGUAUACUGG